CCUGUCACGGUUGUCAAAUUGCUAUGCUAAAUAAUUUUUGUUUGUUGUUAAAUAUUGUAAUUUGUAUUACAAUGAAAAGUGUGUGAAUAAUGACAAUAUAAAUCUACACCGAGAACUUAUAAAAUCACUAAAUUUUGUCCAUUACAUAAUAAUAAUAUAAAUAGCAAGAUUUCAAUCAAAAUUCUAUUUUGACAAUUCUAAACCACAUUGUAAUAUUUGCGUGGUUAUUUUGGUUCAAUAGACACAAUUCGUGUUAUUUUUUUGACUAGUUAACAAAGUAUGUAACCGAUUUACUCGUGUCUGAGAUUAUACGUUUAUUUACUAGUGUAUUAAUAAUUUGUCACGGUGUUUUCUUACAAAAGCGAAAUGUCCAUGCCACAUAGCAGCUCGAGUACUACGAGCUCUAGUACAAAACGCAAGGAAAUAUACAAAUACCAAGCACCAUGGCCGCUGUAUUCCAUGAACUGGUCGGUGCGGCCAGACAAGAGAUUCCGGUUGGCUCUCGGCAGCUUUGUUGAGGAAUACAACAACAAGGUGCAAAUAAUAUCGCUAGAUGAGGAAACGAGUGAGUUCAGUGCUAAAAGCACAUUUGAUCACCCCUAUCCCACCACUAAAAUCAUGUGGAUACCGGACAGCAAGGGGGUGUAUCCUGACCUACUUGCUACCAGUGGCGACUACCUCCGCAUCUGGCGUGCUGGUGAACCAUACACACUCUUCGAAUGUGUACUCAACAAUAACAAGAACUCAGACUUCUGUGCGCCGCUCACCUCCUUCGACUGGAACGAGGUGGACCCCAAUCUCAUCGGGACGAGCAGCAUCGACACCACCUGCACCAUCUGGGGCCUGGAGACGGGACAGGUGCUGGGGAGAGUUAACGAGGUGUCCGGACAUGUGAAGACCCAAUUGAUCGCACAUGACAAGGAGGUGUACGAUAUCGCAUUCAGCCGCGCUGGCGGCGGGCGAGACAUGUUCGCGUCUGUGGGCGCGGAUGGGUCCGUGCGCAUGUUCGACUUGAGACACCUCGAGCACUCCACCAUCAUAUACGAGGAUCCGCAGCACACGCCGCUGCUGCGGCUGGCGUGGAACAAGCAGGACCCGAACUACCUGGCGACGGUCGCCAUGGACGCGUGCGAGGUCAUCAUCCUCGACGUGAGGGUGCCCUGCACGCCCGUCGCCAGGCUCAACAACCACCGCGCCUGCGUCAACGGCAUAGCGUGGGCGCCCCACAGUUCCUGCCACAUCUGCACAGCUGGAGACGACCACCAAGCACUGAUAUGGGACAUCCAGCAAAUGCCGCGUGCAAUCGAGGACCCAAUAUUGGCUUACACCGCGGCCGAGGGCGAAGUCAACCAGAUCCAGUGGGGGGCGACCCAGCCCGACUGGAUCGCAAUCUGCUACAACCGGCACACAGAGAUACUACGCGUCUAAAUUACAUUCAACAUUACUUAUUUAAAACUCGCGUUUUGUACACGUUUUUAAUAUGGUUUGACGGGUUUUACCACAAAUAAUUUUAUGGUAAAUAGGUAUUUACCUCUCGACUUUAUAACUAGGUGGCACUAGCCGUGUAUGACGGAAGGAAUGUAUUUUUUUUUUUAUAUGACAAUGAAAUGAUACACCCGCCUGUGCUAACGGUUUAUGCUGGCGGGGCACCAGUGAAGGAUGAUAAGAUGAGUAUGAGGUCAGGUGAGUUAGCCCAUCGUGAUAAAUUCAUCUGGAACUUAUCACGA